AACUGCGGCCAAGGAUCUUGAGAGCAGCCUCAUCACCGACUACACCCUCAAAAUAUUAGGGCUUGACAUAUGCAAAGACACAAUUGCUGGGGAUGAGAUGAUGAGAGGAAUUUCAGGUGGCCAAAAGAAAAGACUCACGACAGGGGAAAUGAUAGUAGGACCGACAAAGACUUUGUUCAUGGACGAGAUCUCGACGGGUCUGGAUAGUUCGACCACGUACCAAAUAGUGAAAUGUCUGCAACAAGUGGUUCGCCUCACGGAUGCAACCAUUCUCAUGUCGUUACUGCAACCUGCUCCCGAGACGUUCGAUCUGUUCGAUGACAUCAUCCUCUUGUCGGAGGGUCAGAUCGUCUAUCAGGGCCCACGCGACGAUGUUCUUCAGUUCUUCGAGACAUGCGGUUUCAGAUGUCCCGAUCGAAAGGGCACGGCAGAUUUCUUGCAAGAGGUUACUUCAAGAAAAGAUCAAGAACAGUAUUGGACUGAUAGGACGAAACCAUACAGAUACAUUCCGGUCUCCGAAUUCGCAAACCGAUUCAAAAGUUUUCAUGUCGGGAUGAAUCUUCAGAGGGACUUAUCAGUCCCUUACGACAAACAGAAAUCUCACCCCGCAGCUCUCGUGUUCAACAAAUUCUCCAUCUCUAAGUCUCAGCUCCUCAAAGCUUGUUGGGACAAAGAAUGGCUCCUCGUGAAACGAAAUUCCUUCUUCUAUGUGUUCAAGAGCGUUCAGAUAAGUAUCCUCGCCGCUAUCUCCUCGACUGUGUUCUUGAGAACACAAAUGCACACAAGGAACGAACUCGAUGGGGCAAUCUACGUUGGCGCAUUGUUGUUUUCUUUGAUCAUAAACAUGUUCAAUGGAUUCCCCGAGCUCGCCAUGAUGAUUCAGAGACUUCCCGUGUUUUACAAGCAACGAGAUCUUCUGUUUUAUCCUGCAUGGGCUUUCAGUGUUCCUACUUUUCUUCUCAGUAUUCCGAUCAGUGUCAUGGAAUCAAUAAUUUGGGUUGGUGUGACGUAUUACUCAAUCGGGUUCGCUCCGGAAGCUAGCAGGUUCUUUAAGCACUUGUUGUUGUUAUUUCUGAUACAGCAAAUGGCCGGUUCCUUGUUCAAAUUCAUCGCUGGAGCUUGUAGAACAAUGAUCAUUGCAAACACCGGAGGCUUUCUUGCCCUGCUUCUCAUAUUCUUGCUUGGUGGUUUCAUUCUUCCUCGAGGCGACAUCCCCAAAGGGUGGAGAUGGGCUUACUGGAUAUCGCCGAUAAGUUAUUGCUACAACGCUAUAACGGUGAACGAAAUGGAUGCCCCGAGAUGGAUGAAGAAACCGUCUUCUGAUAAUUCAACACGACUGGGGUUGGCGAUUCUGAAGAACUCUGACUUGUUCUCUGAUCCAAACUGGUAUUGGAUCGGGUCAGGAGUCAUGCUUGGGUUCGCAAUUCUCUUCAAUAUCCUCUUCACCGUCACUCUAGCGACCCUUAACCCCAUGGGAAAGCCGCAGGCGCUGAUUCCUCAAGAUGAUGCAGAUGAAACAGAGCGGAAACCAAGUAGGCAAAGUGCAUCCGGUGGUACUGAGAAUAACCGAGCAAAGAAAGGAAUGGUUCUACCCUUUACACCACUCGCAAUGUCAUUCGACAACCUUAACUACUACGUCGACAUGCCGGGGGAGAUGAAAGAUCAAGGAGUUGCAGAGGACAGGCUACAACUUCUCCGAGAAGUAACUGGAGUGUUUAGACCAGGUGUUUUGACGGCUCUAAUGGGCGUUAGUGGAGCCGGGAAGACUACUCUGAUGGACGUUUUAGCGGGGAGAAAGACGGGUGGAUACAUCGAAGGAGAUAUCAGAAUUUCGGGUUUCCCCAAGAAACAAGAAACCUUUGCAAGAAUCUCGGGUUACUGCGAGCAGACCGACAUUCACUCGCCGCAGGUUACUGUCAGAGAAUCUCUCAUCUACUCGGCCUUUCUUCGCAUCCCAAAGGACGUUAGCAGAGAUGAGAAGAUGAUGUUCGUUGAUGAAGUGAUGGAGUUGGUAGAACUAGACAAUCUCAAGGAUGCAAUAGUCGGCUUACCGGGGAUCACAGGGCUAUCAACUGAACAAAGAAAGCGUCUAACAAUAGCGGUAGAACUUGUGGCUAAUCCUUCGAUAAUCUUCAUGGACGAGCCGACGUCAGGGCUCGACGCUAGAGCUGCGGCUAUUGUAAUGAGAACGGUGAGGAACACAGUGGACACCGGAAGAACAGUUGUCUGCACAAUCCACCAGCCUAGCAUCGAUAUUUUCGAAGCCUUUGACGAGCUUUUGCUGAUGAAGAGAGGGGGAAAAGUUAUCUAUGCAGGCCCGUUAGGGCGAAACUCUCACAAGAUCAUCGAAUAUUUCGAGGCAAUUCCUGGAGUGCCAAAGAUCAAGGAGAGAUAUAACCCGGCGACAUGGAUGCUUGAAGUGAGCUCCGUGGCUGCAGAAGUCAAGCUUGGAAUGGAUUUCGCUGAAUACUACAAAACAUCGUCUUUACAUCAACGAAACAAAGAACUGGUGAAAGAACUGAGCACGCCGCCGCAGGGAGCAAAAGAUCUAUAUUUCACAGCACGAUAUUCACAAUCGUUGUGGGGGCAAUUCAAAUCUUGCUUGUGGAAGCAAUGGAAAACCUACUGGCGAAGUCCGGACUACAACUUGGUCAGAUUCUUCUUCACAUUAGCUGCAGCUCUCAUGGUCGGAACGAUUUUCUGGAAAGUGGGAAAGAAGAGGGACAAUGUCAAUGAUCUUACUGUUAUCAUCGGCGCGAUGUUUGCUUCGGUUUUGUUUGUCGGGGUAAACAACUGCUCAACAGUACAACCAAUCGUAUCGGUGGAAAGAUCGGUGUUCUACCGAGAAAGAGCUGCCGGAAUGUACUCUUCCUUACCUUAUGCCCUAGGGCAGGUGAUAUGCGAAAUACCGUACGUACUGAUCCAAACGACGUAUUAUACGUUGAUCGUGUACGCAAUGGUGAGCUUCCAAUGGACAGCAGCGAAAUUCUUCUGGUUCUACUUCAUCACCUUUUUCUCCUUCCUCUAUUUCACAUACUACGGGAUGAUGACGGUCUCCAUCACGCCAAACCAGCAAGUUGCGGCUAUCUUUGCAUCAGCUUUCUACGGCAUUUUCGUUCUCUUUUGCGGUUUCUUCAUACCUAGACCGAAAAUCCCAAAGUGGUGGAUUUGGUACUACUGGAUUUGUCCGCUGGCUUGGACGGUGUACGGAUUGAUUCUGUCGCAGUACGGUGACAUGGAAGACAGGAUCAAAGUUCCAGGUAUGGAUCACGAUCCGACAAUCAAAUGGUAUAUAAAGCAUCAUUUCGGGUAUGACCCGGAUUUCAUGGCUCCGGUUGCUGUUGUCUUGGUUGCCUUCCCCGUCUUCUUCGCGUUUAUGUUCGCCCUCUGCAUCAGAAUCCUAAACUUCCAACAGAGAUAAGAUGGUCUCCAUUGAUUUCUAUAUAUGCCCCAUCUUCUUGUUUUCUCUUUUUUUUCUAUAUAUAUGUAUAUAUUCAUACGUACCUCUGUUGUGGAACUAUUAGCAUCAUCAAAACCUUUUCAAAACUUUAUAUUUGAAAUCGGGUUCUAGUAUCCACUGGUAUCCAAAAAUUAUUUCUAGCAUCCACUGGCAACGAUGCAGUUCAAGCAAUCUGAUUCUUGAUUUGAUAACAUAGAUUUUUGUUUUUGUUUUCUAUUUUUAGCAAAAUGUAGGGGAAAAAUGUCAAUCAGGUCAACACAAGUUACUCAAUUUUUCUUUUUCUAUCUGUAAGCAUCUCCAAAAUUUAAACUCAAGGGCUCAGAUUUAAACUCAAGAUUUGAUCAAAGAUCUGAAACUGAA